AUGAUUCCAUGUGGUUAUCUACGCCAGACGGACAAUUGUGUGCCGCCCCUCCUCACGGCUACUACGACUAGUCACUGUCUGUUUUUAUUCAUAAAGGACAUUCGCAAGACACCAUCGUUGCGCCUGUGGAAGUCGGCGGAGGCACUUGUGCACAUAGCGCGAGUAGUCUGUCUCACCUUUCAUUGUUUAUGUAUGGGGUUUAUUGGUCUCGGCACAACAACCUCCGGUUCAACCGCGUUCUCUCAGCUUUUCAUUCUUGGCCUCUACUUUUCGCCUCAUUCCGCCUACCCUCUCGUGCUCCGCAGCCACUUCUUUGUCUUCCCUAUUGCUUUUGACCCAAAAUUUCUGUGUUUUAUGAACCUGUCUUUCUCUCCAGCUGCUCUUUUUUCUCUCCCUACCUCUUCAUUGUCUCUCGAUUACAUCAUAUGGCCCGGCAGCCCUACCUGCCUCUCCCUAACAUCCCAAACUCCUAGCUGGUUCUCGGCCUUGGAAUCCUCAUUCCGCAACCGGCUUCUAACGCCAAACUCCAUAUAG